ACGAUAUUACCAGCAUGCAUGCAUGAUGAUCAGUGAUCACUCGAACCUAAAAUCAUCGAUUUAUAAAAAUACGUAUACCGUUUCGAUAUAAUAUAAAUAAACAGAUAUAUCAAACGUUAAAAAAUUGAAGUUGAAAUUCUGCACCAGUCUAGGUCGAAUCGAGCUGUCAUUGGAUUCUGCAGAUUUUACAGUAAUCAUCGACAUGCUCUAAAGGAAUAUAAUCACAGUGCAUCUCUAGAUAAAUCGCCGCCUGACUGUCAGGAGUCUCUUCCUAAAUGAAAAAGCGAUGUCCGCUUUAAUUUUCUACACGUUAUUUUAUCUUCUGAUGUCGGGAUGUAUCGUUUAUCCGCCAACGGAGUUCGUCUCGGCGGGGCUGACCGUGAAAGACAUUUUCGCAAGUUGGCUCGGUAGCGAGAAUGUUUUUAUUCAGUAUCAUAUUAGGAGAAGUGUAAUUACGUUACUCAUACACUCUUUGCUACCUUUAGGUUACAUUUUAGGAUUAAUUUUCUUUGGUCAUGUGGAUGCAGCGAGACUGUUCCUUAUCGGUGGAAAUUUCCUUGGGCUAUUGAUUGUUUUUUGCUGCACAAUUGGUCCGCUUUAUAUGUUGAAUAAGGUCUUUGAAUGGUCUGCACAUGACUGGGCUACACAUCCAAUAGCACGAAAUCUUUCUGUAUACAGUAAUAAUAAUUUGUCAUGGAUGUUCGUUGCCUCUGACAUUAAUGUAGAAUAUCGAAGAGUAGAUAAAAUUGUUAUUGUCACAAGUAGCAUAACUCGUAUUGUAGCAACAGACAAUUGGAUUAUUAAAAUUACACCUUAUAAAUUACAAGUGGCGCAUCAAAGUGAUGCGACCUUAAUUGUGAAUAAGAGUGAUACACAUUUAAUGUCACCCACAACGAGAGAUCAAGUUCAAUUUAUCAACAUACAGGUAAAACCCACACGUGCAAUGGCAGAAGCAUUUGACAUAAGAUUAAAUGCAUUGGAUUUUAAGGAUCUGCAAGAUAAAGUUUCGCGCCCAAUUAUCGUGCUGCAAAAUAUAACGUUCCACAGAACUUUGCUCGACAGAUUUAUCGAUACCUUCAAAGAGGAAGUCAAUAGAAAUCCAUUCUAUGAUAUUGCUUUCCAGGAAUUAGAUCAAUGCAUUGGGUGUAUGCAAGCAUCUUCAAAUAUAAAAUUGAACAGAUUGUGCAGUAGCGCCGAAAGCAGGGAAUCUGAUGGUUGUACGACAUGUUACUGUCGGCCAAUGUGGUGUAUAGAAUGUAUGGCAAAAUGGUUUGCCUCGAGACAGGAUGAGAACGCACCAGAAACGUGGUUGUCCUCCAAGUGUACUUGUCCUGUCUGCAGAGCAAAAUUUUGUAUCUUAGAUGUGUGUCAUGUAAGAACUUCGAAUCAUUAACGCUUCAAUAAUACUACAUUCUCAUAAAAUCUUUUUUCUUUUUGGAAAUAUAAUAAUUUUCAACAGAGUAACACAUUAAAUUAAUAAUUUUUAUAAAUUUUAUUCAGAUAUGUGUAGAUCACAUAUAUCUUUAGUGUGCAAUAAAGAUAACUAAAAAAUAUACAUGUGUAUGUA